AUGUCUGUCACAGACAAGAGCCAGUUUGACAUAUCUCAUAAGGGUCUUUACACGAUGCGUUGCAAUGCUAUUCCCAUAAAGACGGCUGGUGGCAUGAGGGCUGCAUAUAACAAACAUGCAGAACAAUUAUCCAUACGAGGUGAAUUUCUAUUGCUAAUCUCAUAUGACGGCAAUUGCAAAACACGUUGCUGUAGCAUAGAAAAGGCAAAAUCGUUCGUCUUCUCAUAUCAUCUCAUCGGCUACGGCAAACAGAUCAAAACUGUCAUUAUGACAGAUCCCUUUCAGCAUGGGACGUUUCUGUCAAGUGUCCUAAGAAACAGUCGAUUCCUGCUCGGGCGUGGCCGAACAGGGUCGUGGUCGAAAGAAUCUAGGCGCAUGACGCACAGCCAUCCGAAAAGGUCACCGUCGGCACAGCAAACCCUGGGUGUCGGCCCAGACACAGUAAAGAGCUCCAGAAAAUUCGGCAAAAGUCUUGGCUCAGUUUCUGUCAAGAAGGCCAAGUGA